GCCAAAGAUUUACCAUUAAAAAAACAAAACAAAACAAAAACAAUUCGACUUUUAUGUAACUAACUGGGAGGCGCAAUCGCUUGCAGGUUACUUGGAAAGACUGCACCCAAAUCUUUAAAGAGAGACUUCAGCACAAGUCUUUUUUGCUCAAGUUGUACAGUUUCUGAUUCAGGGGGCCCAAAACUUUUUUGACGCCGUUACUAUAAAUGUUGAUAAUGGUCGUUUGUGCUGCCCAAAAUAAAGAGUUAAUUAUGCUGUACAUUUACAUCCUUUGAUCCCGAAUCCCCACUCAAAUCAUGCUUCAUGCUAGCAAAUGUCAUGGCCUGGCAAUGUGCUUUUAGAAGUACAUCAAACGUUUAUUGAUUUCAAACCGCAUCACACAAAUCCAAAUGGAGUACUCAAUUAAUUAAUUUUAAAAAUUGUGCGGCACAAAUGCAGCUUUCGGCGACAUCGAAGCAGUCCUUCCACGGAUCUUCAGGUCGGGCCGAAGCUAAAACAAAAGUGUUUGUAAUUGUUGUCUCGUGUAUGAAUGCUUGCCGACAGAUUGUAUGGCACACAAACAAACAUACUCUCAUCUUCUCCGCCAUGUGAACUCACGAACUUCCCAGAUUAACCUCGGUCACCUGCGAUUACCGCUGUCAUAACGUAGCAACGUGACAGUAACCCACCAAAAUUGUCCCCCAAACUGUCUGCUGCUACUGCUGCACGUGUCCCUUUUAUCCGGUUAAAACUAGCCACACAAAAAGGACAUUAAGUUCAUGGCCUGAACAUAAAAAUAGUAAAACAGUGUCCUCGCCGAGACAGACGACAAAACAAGCCAAUCAAGUCAGACGAUCUACUUUCACCUCUGGGCUCUAAUCCGUUUUGUGUAGGCCUGAAACGGCUCACGGACGCAAAUAGAUUCACUGUGCAACUGCAGCGAUUGAAUAAAAAGCUGCUAUGUCUAAUCAUGUUGAAGAAAGAACUGCUAAUUUGUGAUUUGGGGUUGAAAUAUAAUCUUUUGUGGUACCAGUCCUGUAACCUUUCCGGCACUCCGUGGAUUAACUAUUGAAUGGGGUGUCAAGACUAAAUAAUAAUUCAUUCUGCAACAUACUGUAUUUUUUAAUGCUAUAUGGCGAUGCUUUUUCUCCACUCAUGAAGGAAAAGACAGGACCGAGGAAGUGGAAAAGGAAAGGUGAAGUACUAAAGUAUGACUUUGAGUUUACCUGGUGGUCAUUAUUUGUACUGCAGCUGGUGAGCGGUGGUUGGAAUUGUUCCACCGUGUCUCCAGCAGGUGGCAAUGGAGGGCUUCUCCUCCAGCUUGCACACCUGCUGCCAAUUUGAUCAUCAUGAUGAAGCCAUGUAUUUAAGGACUGCCAAGUCGGAUUAUUGAUCUUGUUGCUGCUCUUCCUCAAGUGUCGUUUUCGAAAUCUCUCGUAGUCGCUUUUGCCUCUAGUUCCUCGGUAGUAAGUAUUGAGGUCAUUUUUGUCUUUGAUCUUGUUUUGUGUUCAUGUAAUUGGACUCUUGUCAUGUUGUGUAUAUUCUCGGCGUUACUAUUACCUUGCUUUUUGUUUAUGCGUUGAGUAGCCAUUUCUGUUUAUACGUUUUUUUUCUCGAUAAAUAUUUUUGUUACGGAUUUUUGACUACGUGUCUGGGAUCCAAUCACCACUCGGUUCAUUCCUGAACUGUGUUAGAUGGCAUCAGUUUCAGCCUGGAACAAAUUAGACAAAAAAAAAAAAAAAAAAACACGCAUCCGCUCCUGGACUGUUGUGAUUGAUUAUAGUGGAAACAGAUUAUUAAUAUGACCUUUUCAGAAGCGCUUAUGCAAACCUUGUUGACACAAUCCGUUGCCGCAGCCUUGUGAUGCAAAGUUGUGAACAACAACAGGCAUGGCAUUUAGAACAGCACAGACAGUUGUGGUGCAGAGAUAAUCAACCCGUGUCCUAACUUAAUCGGGCUUAUGCUCGAAGAGGUCUUGUUUGAUAAGCGCUUAAAGAGCUUGCACGGGCCUGCCGCGAGAUGGCCAUAAGAGACGAGCAAAAUUGAAAGACGAGACGAUAAACAAAAGCACAGCGCCAAUGCGGCCGAAAUCUAUGUACGUGAAGAGGCUCUACCUUGCUAGAAAAGUUAUUUUUCAACACGGAAUAAAAAAAUGUAUUGAUCCCCAUCAUGGGAGAAAUGUCUUAGCAUAAACAAGCCGACGGUCACAAGGUCGCAGCUGUGGGUUGUGACCAAAAGAACAAGAUCAUGAAUACAAAAUAAGUUUCCUCCACAGGGUGUCUGGAAUCUCCUUUUAGCAAUAGCGUGAGAGGUUCAGUCCUCCGAGGACGCUGCCCCCCCCUCUCCCCCCUUCUGCAUUGAGACGAGGUGGUUCGGGGAUCUGCUUAGGAUGCUUCCUGGGCGCCUCCCUGGCGUUCCGGGCAUAUCCCACAGCAAGGAGGUUACGGAUACGACCCGGGACAUCCUGGAGAUGCUGCCUCCUGGUUGGCUUGGGAGCGCCUCGGAAUCCACGCCCAGAUGAGCUGGAAGAAGUGGCUGUGGAGAGGAUAACGACUCGGAUCCAAAUGAGGCCCGUUGAGCACAAAAGCCAGUCCAAGUCAUUGGAUGAUACUCCUGUGAUGACUACGAUCACUGUGGGGCCCAUAUGGGCUCGGAGAUGAUCACCUGACUAGGUAGAUCCCCUGCUAACCUUUCCAAGUAUCUGCUGAGGGCAGGAGGAUUGUUUGCAUUCAGCCCUCUGCCUUCUCAUCAGGGCUCUUCAUCCGACGCGUACACAGGGGGGAGGGGGAUUAUUAUUUUUACUUCUAACGGGCACUUUAUACCAUCGUUUUGCCUCCCCAUUUUGGAUUACGAUAAAGGCCUAAAGUGGAUCUCGCAUCAACUUUUUGUUGCUUUUCGGGUAGCCUUGUCGGUUCAUAGUUGGAGGUAGCAUCGUGACAGCAAAGGUCAAAGCCAGAGAUUUGUUGUUGCCUUUGAAGAGGCUGCCGUCAAUUGGGUGAAGAGGACGCGGCGGGAAAGAUGGGCGUGCAAAAGGAGGAUGUAGAAAAGUUCCUCACAGAGAACCCGGCUUUUACGAAGGAGUACUUUGCCAAGAAGAUGACUCAAAGCGACAUAUCUAAGCUGUCUGGACUCCCGGUAAAGCAGGUGGACUUCAGCCAAUUUCAGGAACUCAGCCAGGUGGAGGAAAGUCGGAUCAUGUAUGACCUGAUCACAGACAUGCAGGAGAACAUCAACAUGGAGAAAGUGGUCUUCAAGAUCCUCAAGAGAAUCAGUGCGCUGAUCCACGCCGACCGCUGCAGCCUGUUCAUGUACAGGCAGAGGAACGGCAUCGGCGAGUUGGCCACCAGACUCUUCGGUGUCCACACCCAGUCUGAGCUGGACGAGUGCGUCGUGCCGCCCGAUUCCGAGAUCGUCUACCCACUGGACUUGGGGAUCGUUGGCCAUGUAGCCCAGACCAAGAAGACGGUCAACGUGAAGGAUGUCAAAGAGAACCAGUACUUCAGCUCAUUUGUGGAUGAGCUCACUGAUUACAAGACCAGGAACAUUCUGGCCGCGCCCAUCCUCAACGGCAAAGACCUGGUGGCCGUGAUCAUCGCCCUCAACAAGACCACCGGGCCUCAUUUCACGAAUGAGGAUGAAGACCUCUUUUCAAAGUAUCUGAAAAUUGCCACUUUGAACUUGAAGAUCUACCACCUGAGUUACCUCCACAACUGUGAAACCCGUAAAGGACAGCUGCUGCUAUGGUCUGCCAACAAAGUGUUCGAAGAGUUGACCGACAUCGAGCGACAGUUCCACAAGGCCUUGUACACGGUGCGAGCCUACCUCAACUGUGACCGCUACUCUGUUGGCUUACUUGACAUGACCAAGGAAAAGGAGUUCUUUGACGUAUGGCCAGUGUUAAUGGGAGAGCAACCUCCUUACUCUGGACCUGUAACUCCUGAUGGAAGGGAAAUACAUUUCUACAAAGUAAUUGAUUACAUACUACAUGGGAAGGAAGAUAUCAAAGUAAUACCUAAUCCACCGGCAGACCACUGGGCCUUGAGCAGCGGCUUGCCUACUUAUGUUGCUGAAAGUGGCUUUAUUUGCAAUAUUAUGAAUGCGGGGGCGGAUGAGACGUUUGAUUUCCAGACCGAGGCGCUGGACAGCAGCGGAUGGACCAUAAAGAAUGUUCUCUCCCUCCCGAUCGUCAACAAAAAGGAAGAGAUUGUCGGCGUGGCGACAUUUUACAACAGAAAAGAUGGCAAGCCUUUUGACGAGCAUGAUGAGCAGCUCAUGGAGGCUUUGACCCAGUUCCUGGGCUGGUCAGCUUUGAACACGGACACGUAUGACAAAAUGAACAAGCUGGAGAACCGCAAAGACAUUGCCCAGGACAUGGUGCUCUACCAUGUUAAAUGCCGGGACGAUGAAAUUCAAAAUAUCCUGAACACCCAAGAGCUGUAUGACCGCGAACCAUGGGAGUGUGAAGAGGAGGAGCUUCAAAAUAUCUUGAAAAAAGCCCUGCCGCCUCUGAUCAAGAAAUUUGAGAUCUACGAGUUCCGCUUUUCGGAUUUCAACUGCACAGAGAUGGAACUGGUCAAGUGCGGGAUUCAGAUGUACUACGAAGUGGGCGUCGUCAAGAAGUUCCAAAUCCCGCAGGAGGUGCUGGUUCGUUUCAUGUACUCUGUCAGUAAAGGCUACAGGAGAAUCACUUAUCACAACUGGCGCCACGGCUUCAACGUGGGGCAGACCAUGUUCACGCUUUUGACGACGGGACUGCUGAAGAGGUACUACACCGACCUGGAGGUCAUGGCCAUGAUUACAGCAGGCUUUCUUCAUGACAUUGACCACAGAGGGACCAAUAAUUUGUACCAGGUCAAAUCAGGCAACCCUCUAGCCAAGCUGCACGGAUCUUCCAUCUUGGAACGGCACCAUCUAGAGUUUGGGAAAUUUCUCUUGUCCGAUGAGUCACUGAACAUCUACCAGAACCUGAACAGGCGACAGAUGGACCACGUCAUUCACCUCACCGAUAUCGCCAUCAUCGCCACUGAUCUCGCUCUUUAUUUCAAAAAGAGGACCAUGUUCCAAAAGAUUGUGGACCUUUCACACACGUAUGAGGACGAAAAGAAGUGGGUUGAUUUCAUGUCUCUAGAAACAACCAGGAAGGAGAUCGUCAUGGCCAUGAUGAUGACCGCUUGCGACUUGUCGGCCAUCACCAAACCUUGGGAAGUGCAAAGCAAGGUUGCCCUGUCCGUGGCGGCGGAGUUUUGGGAGCAAGGUGACCUGGAGAGGACGGUGCUGGAGCAACAACCCAUUCCUAUGAUGGACAGGAACAAAGCAGCAGAGCUUCCCAAACUCCAAUGCGGUUUCAUCGACUUUGUCUGCACGUUUGUCUACAAGGAGUUCUCCCGCUUCCACCCCCAAAUCCAACCCAUGCUGGAUGGAAUCCUGAACAACAGGAAGGAGUGGAACGCCAAAAAGGAAGAGUACGAGGCGAAACUCAAAGCCACCGAAGACGAGAAGGCGGCGAAGCAGGCAGCCGCAGCCAGGAAAGCGGAUAACGCCGGUGGGGGAGGCUCCAAGACCUGCUCGGUUUGCUGAAACACUCACAGGAGAAUUUGAUGACCACUGUAGUCUCCGCCAAGGAUGGGGAGAAAAAAAUAAGUCGGGGAGACGGACGUGCGUGCAAACGUGGUCCCAUAGAAUUUCUGCAGGGAAAUUGGUGCUUUUCAGGAAAGGGCAGAAAGAAUCAGAAGCGGGAGAAGCAUCUUCUAGUCUUUGUCGAAUAUUUACAUACGUGGACUGCGUAAGUGUGCAUGUACUGUACAUAUGGGAUGUGAGUUUAUGUUCCAAAAUUUGGGGUUGCUUGUCAACUCUAGCUUACUGUAAAUACACCCUUGUUGCUAAAAACGGAUUCCUGUGUGCUGUUUCCACGAAUGGUUCCUUUAGAAAAAAAUACCGACACAGUAACACUGUACAGGUGCAUUUUAAUACAUUGGAACAUUGUGGAAAACAAUUUGUCUCAGUGGUUAAAAUAAAACUUUUUUUUCAUUAACUACUUUGAACACCGCAUGCUCCGUGUGUGACACAAAGAUUCAAAUAAAGCAAAUAUAUUUUUAGUGUUGACAAUUUAGA